AUGGGUUCCAAUAGUGCCAUUUACAGCAUCCUUUUUUCUUUCUCCUUCCUGUUGACUGUUGUUUAUCAAUCUUCUACAACUGAAAUUGUAGCAAGCCACAUAGCAUCACUUUUUAUUAAUGCCUCUGAAGCAUCAGCGAAGAAAAUACCAGAGACUUUGUUUGUCAUAUUUUUCAAGAUUGUGGUUGAUCAGAACCUUAUUAAUGCCGUUGAUUAUUGUCAUAGCAGGGGAGUCUAUCACAAAGAUCUAAAGCCCGAAAACCUAUUGUUGGAUGCCUCUGGCAACCUUAAAGUUUUUUAUUUUGGUUUGAGUGCUCUGUCUCAGCAAGUGAAGGUGAACAUAGGAUCAUAG